AUGGCAGCGUCGGAACUCUACUCAAAGUUUGCUCGGGUUUGGAUCCCUGAUGGCACAGAGGUGUGGAGAUCUGCAGAGCUUGCCAAAGAUUACCGCCCAGGGGAUACAAGCCUACUGCUGCAGCUGGAGGAUGGCACAGAGUUUGAAUACAAGCUAGAUUCUAAAAGCAACAGUUUACCACCACUGAGGAACCCAGAUAUCUUGGUCGGGGAAAAUGACCUCACGGCCCUCAGUUACCUCCACGAGCCAGCAGUCCUCCACAACCUCAAAGUGCGCUUCAUCGACUCCAAGCUUAUCUACACCUACUGUGGCAUUGUCUUGGUGGCCAUUAAUCCAUAUGAGACACUGCCCAUCUAUGGAUCAGACAUCAUCCAUGCCUACAGUGGGCAGAACAUGGGGGACAUGGAUCCUCAUAUAUUUGCUGUGGCUGAGGAGGCCUACAAACAGAUGGCCAGAGAUGAGAGGAAUCAGUCCAUCAUUGUGAGUGGGGAGUCCGGGGCUGGUAAAACUGUAUCUGCCAAGUAUGCUAUGCGCUACUUCGCCACGGUCAGUGGUUCAUCCACUGAGGCCAACGUGGAGGAGAAGGUGCUGGCAUCAAGUCCCAUUAUGGAGGCUAUUGGGAAUGCUAAGACAACCAGGAAUGACAACAGCAGCCGCUUCGGGAAGUACAUUGAAAUCGGCUUUGACAAGAAGUACCGUAUUCUAGGGGCGAACAUGCGGACAUAUCUACUCGAGAAAUCUCGAGUGGUGUUUCAGGCAAGCGAUGAGCGUAACUACCAUAUCUUCUAUCAGUUGUGUGCCUCCUCACACUUACCAGAAUUCAAAACUUUAAUGUUAGGUAGCGCGGAUGACUUUCAUUACGCUAACCAAGGCAGGAGCCCAGUCAUAGACGGUGUUAAUGAUGCAGAUGAGUUGCAGGCUACACGGAAGGCGUUCUCGCUGCUAGGAAUAAGUGAGACACACCAGAUGGGUAUUUUCCAAGUGCUGGCAGCCAUUCUUCACUUGGGUAACGUGGUAGUGAAAGAACAAAGCUCUGAGCGCAGCACUAUUCCUGUGAAUAACGCCCAUCUGAGGGAGUUUUGUGAGCUGAUGCAGGUAUCCUGUCAGGAUAUGGCUCACUGGCUAUGCCAUAGAAAACUGAAAACAGCCAAUGAAAUUUAUACUAAACCUCUGCCUAAACUACAAGCUGUUAAUGGUCGUGAUGCCCUGGCCAAACAUAUCUAUGCCAAGCUCUUCGGAUGGAUCGUUAGUCAGGUCAACAGGGCACUGCACUCCUCCACCAAACAGCACUCUUUCAUCGGGGUACUAGACAUUUAUGGGUUUGAAACAUUUGAGAUCAACAGUUUUGAGCAGUUUUGUAUUAAUUAUGCCAACGAGAAACUCCAGCAGCAGUUUAACAUGCAUGUCUUCAAACUGGAACAAGAAGAAUACCUGAGGGAGGAGAUUCCAUGGACUCUGAUAGAUUUCUACGACAACCAGCCUUGUAUCAACCUUAUUGAAGCCAAGUUGGGAAUACUGGAUCUGUUGGAUGAGGAGUGUAAAAUGCCAAAAGGAUCAGAUGACUCUUGGGCUCAGAAGCUCUACAACACUCACCUGAAGAAAAGCGGUCACUUUGAAAAGCCACGACUCUCCAACAAGGCCUUCCAAAUACAGCACUUUGCUGAUAAGGUGGAGUAUCAGUGUGAGGGAUUCCUGGAAAAAAACAAAGACACUGUAAAUGAGGAGCAGAUCAGUGUGCUCAAGUCUAGCAAGUUUAAUCUGCUGGUGGAGCUUCUCCAGGAGGAGAACGCGGCCAGGGGGUCAGACAAUGUGCCUGCCUCCAGUCGCACUAAGAUGCCACGGGUUAGCCAGUCGCUCAGGGAGCACAAGAAGACUGUUGGGCUUCAGUUUCGAAACUCUCUGCAGUUGCUAAUGGAGACGCUGAACGCCACAACCCCACACUACGUGCGGUGUAUUAAGCCUAAUGACGUCAAAUCUCCUUUCACGCUUGACCCUUCCAGAGCGGUACAGCAGCUCAGAGCCUGCGGAGUCCUAGAGACUAUCCGGAUCUCAGCCGCUGGCUUCCCAUCAAGAUGGACUUAUCAGGAGUUCUUCAGCCGGUACCGUGUUCUGAUGAAGCAGAAAGAUGUUCUCGCAGACAGGAAGUUAACCUGCAAGAAUGUUCUGGAACAGCUAAUAAAGGAUCCAGACAAGUAUCAGUUUGGCAAAAACAAGAUCUUCUUCAGAGCUGGUCAGGUGGCCUACCUGGAGAAGCUGCGAGCUGAUAAACUGCGUGCGGCCUGUAUCCGAAUCCAGAAGACAAUCCGCUGCUGGCUCGCCCGCAAGAAGUACCUGCGCAUGCGCAGCGCUGCGGUGACCAUUCAGAGAUACGUAAGGGGAUACCAGGCUCGCUGCCUGGGCAAGUUCCUGCGUCGCACCAGGGCGGCCGUAAUCAUCCAGAAGAACGUGCGUAUGUAUGUGGCCCGGAGGCGUUACAUUCGUCAGCGGGAGGCAGCUGUCCUCAUCCAGCGACUUCUGCGUGGCUACAUGGCCAGACUGGAGUACCGACGCGCCUUGUAUGAAAAUAAAGUCAUUGUCAUCCAGAGCUGGGUGAGAGGCUGGCUGGCCAGGCUGCAGUACAGACGGACUCUGGCUGCCGUGGUGCUCCUGCAGUGCUGCGUCCGUCGCGUGCUGGCCCGCAGGGAACUGAAGAAGCUGAAAAUCGAGGCACGCUCUGUGGAGCACUUCAAAAAGCUCAACGUCGGCAUGGAGAACAAGAUUAUGCAGCUGCAGCGUAAAGUGGAUGAGCAGAACAAAGAGAACAGGGAGUUGAGUGAGCGAUUGAACUCCCUGGGGAACAGUCACACAGUGGAGACAGAACGCCUGCGUAGCCAGUUAGAGAAACUGCAAGGAGUAGAGGAGGAGGCGAGGGUCCGUGACAACAGAAUCUCCUCCCUGCUAGAGGAGUUAGCUUUGGUCCGCCAAGAGCUGGAAAAGACCCGAGAGGAGAAAGAAACCGUGGAGGAGCAGGCCAAAACAUACAGAGACACCAUGGAACAGAUGGUGGCAGAGCUGAAUGAAAAGAACAGCCUACUGAAGGGUGAAAAGGAGGAUCUGAACAGACUGAUCCAGGAUCAGGGACUGCAGAUGAAUGAGAAAAUGGAGAAGGCCUAUCAGGAGGACAUGCAGCAGCUGAAGGUCGAGCUUGACGAGGAGCGCUCCCACUACCAGAACCUUCUGUCAGAGCAUCUGAAACUCAAAGAACGCUACGCCGAUCUAAAAGCUGAGCAGGAAGUGGCGGUCUCUGGAGAACGUGCUUCUUCACCAGGUCGUGAAAGCAGAGACUCCACUUACAGCAGCGAGUCUCAGUGCACCCACAGCUCUGAGUUUACAGAGUCUGAGGUCAGUUCCUAUGGAGACGAGGAUGUGAUGAAAGCUGGUAUGAACUUACCGCUGCUACUGAAGCUACAGAAACGAGUGGCUGAAAUAGAACAGCAGAAGCAGAAACUACAGAGCGAACUCGACGCUAAAGAGGAAAAGUUGCAACAAGGCGUCACUAAAGAAAUGGAGGAGUUACAGAGAGCAUUAGAGGCUGAGCGUGAUUUUGAGGCCUUAAAGCGUCAGGAGUUGGAGUCAGAGAACAAGAGGCUGAAAAGGGACCUGAAUGAGUUGAGGCAGUCUCUAAGCCAAUCAGCUGGUGUGGGUAAGGUGGCCCCAGGCUCUCCAGCCUAUAAUGUGCUCCUGGAACAGCUAAGUACAGCCAAUGAGGAGCUGGAGGUGCGUAAGGAGGAGGUGCUCAUAUUGCGUUCACAACUGGUCAGCCAGGAUGCAUUGAAGUUCAAGGAAGCCUUUGCUGAUGCAGACUCCAGUGACACCAGCAGGUCACCUACAUGUGACCUGCAUGAGCUGAAUGAGGAUGGAGAGUUGUGGAUGGCAUAUGAGGGACUGAAGGAGACUAACAGACUGUUGGAGCGACAGCUGCAGGAGCAGGGCCAGACUCAUGAGACAGAGAUGAGGGCCGUGAAGGCAGAUCUACAGCGGCUGAGGGAGGAGAAAGAGAGACAACAGCAGUUACCCCAGGACGUCCGCGUCCAUGCCAGCCUCCAGCACGAGAUCAGCCGCCUGACCAGAGACAACCUGGAACUCAUGGACCAGAUAGGCAAACAGGACAAGAUGGUACGCAAGCUUAAGAAGCAACUGAAAAUUCAUAUGAAGAGGAUUGAAGAGUAUGAAGAGGGCGCUCACAGUGACCAGAUUUCCCCAGAGAACGCCUUCAGUGAGUCCAGGCCGACAGUCAGUAUCCCACGGAAGGAGAGGGUGUUUCAGGGCAUGCUGGAGUACAGGAGAGAGGAUGAGAACAGGCUGCUCAGGACCCUCAUCACAGAUCUUAAGCCUAGGGGCGUGGCCGUGGGUUUAAUCCCAGGCCUGCCUGCCUACAUCCUGUUCAUGUGUCUACGCCAUGCCGACUAUGCCAAUGACGACCAGAGAGUGCGCACGCUGCUCAACUCUAGCAUUAACAGCAUCAAGGGUGUGCUCAAGAGAAAAGGAGAUGAUUUUGAGACUGUGUCAUUUUGGCUGGCCAACACCUGCAGGUUCCUGCACUGCCUCAAACAGUACAGUGGUGAAGAGGCCUUCACUAAGCACAACACAUCCAGACAGAAUGAGCACUGCCUGUCAAACUUUGACCUGGCUGAGUAUAGACAGGUACUGAGUGACCUCGCCAUUCAGAUCUACCAGCAGCUCAUCAAAUGCACAGAGGACAUCCUACAGCCAAUGAUAGUAUCAGGAAUGUUGGAGCAUGAGUCCAUUCCAGGUGUGCUGGGAGUCAAGCCCACAGGGCUGAGGAAGAGAACCUCCAGUACCCGAGACGAGGGCUCCCACACGCUGGACUCUAUCCUUCAGCAACUGGAACUUUUCCACACCACGCUCCUGCAGCACGCCACCGACCCUGAGCUUGUCUGUCAGGUGGUCAAACAGCAGUUUUACAUCAUCUGCUCCACCACUCUCAACCAUUUGCUACUGCGUAAGGACAUGUGCUCUUGGAGCAAAGGGCUGCAGAUCAGGUAUAACGUGUGCCAGCUGGAGGAGUGGUUGAUGGAUAGAGGUCUCCAUGGCAGCGGUGCCAGAGAGAUGCUGGAACCUCUCAUCCAGGCUGCCCAGCUGCUCCAGGUCAAGAAGAAAACACCAGAGGAUGCAGCAGCCAUCUGUACCAUGUGCACGGCGCUCUCUGCCGCCCAGAUUGUUAAAAUACUCAACUUGUACACACCAGUCAAUGAAUUUGAGGAAAGAGUUUCACAAACAUUUAUAAGAUCCAUACAGGAAUGUCUUAAAGACAGGAAAGAAUCUCCUCAGCUGCUAAUGGACACUAAGGUCAUCUUCCCUGUCACAUUCCCCUUCAACCCCUCCACCGUGGCCUUGGACACCAUUCAGAUUCCCGGCAGCCUAAAUCUCAGCUUCCUCACACGUGUUUGACACACAUACACACAUACCAACACCGCUGAUGCACGAUUAGGUGCUGUAUAUAUUUGUCAAGGCUUAAAGACGUAAAGAUUGCAGCGGAUUGUCAUCUUAAGCUAUAUGACUGAGGAGUUCAUUCCAAGGAGAUUUACACUGGGUAACAUACUAAUAUACAGUGUGUUUACUUUAACAGUGGGACAGAUGUCAGCUUUAACAGCAAACAUGUUACAUCUGAAAAUGAGAUACUGAUCUUCUUCCAGAUUCCUGUUUUUACUUCUACCCUGAGUCAAGGGGGCUC